AUGUACAAAGAAUUCUACAUUGGGAAUGAGGGCAACGAAAUUUGUCGCAGGCUCGACAUUGCACCCUUCAGCAGCGUAGAGCAAAUCACGACAACGCUGGCCGAGACAUAUGGCUUUGCUGAUGCAAAAUCAAUAUGGCUCGUUGACCAGUAUGGAAGCCACAUCUCGACUUUGAAAGACGCGCAGAAAGCCCCCGGCCCAGUCGAAGUGCGAUCCACACUCUGUGGGCCCAUACGGGAGCCCCGGGGCCCUCGUCUUUUACCGUUUGUCGGUAAUCGCUACGAGCUGUACCCGGACGUCCUCGGAAACUAUGACAGACUGUUCUCCAUCUAUGGCCCCAUGAUCAAGACGGUCAACAUGGGAACAACCAUCUAUCACACCAAUGACCCUGAGAUUGCACGUCAUGUCCUGCGCGAAAACACGCUGUUCACCAAAUCCACGUCUGAUCCUUCACAUCCACUGCACUACAUGGCCGAUCAAGACUGCCUGUUCACCUGUGACAGCGCAUCCCCUGCCUUUGCACCGAGCCACAAGUUUGUGCCACCGACAAUGUCGCCCCGUGCCGUGGCUCACUUGACGCCGCUGAUACAAGAUGCUGCACGAUCCAUCUUCCCGGCAUUCGAUGAGCUGGCCGGGGCAGAUGUAGCGGUCAACGUGUACCAAUACAUGUUUAAACUUGCGGCGCAGAUCAUUUGGCGCGUGGUACUCAACCAGGACUUGAAGCAUUUUGAGUCUCCAAGAACGCCGCCAUCGGUACCGAUCCGCCUGUUUGGCCAGUAUCUCUCGCUGAUGAAGAAGACAUCCAUGCAGCCGCAAUGGGUCAAGUAUCUGCCCUUUGGAGACGCGGCGCGAUUGAAAAGCGUCCGUCAGGAGGUCCUCGACAUGACCGAGGACGCCAUGGACGCCAGCGUCGAUAAACAAGGCCCAUCUCUGCCGCUGUCUGAUCCCGAGGCUAUACAGAGCGCGACGUGUGUGGCCGAUUUUCUGUAUCGCGCCACGGACAGGGAUGGGAAGAGGCUGCCGCACAACAUCGUCCGGGCAAAUGUUGUGGUGAGUUGCGGAGCUGGCUUCACCACGAGCUCGUCCCUACUCUCCUGGGCUGUUUUUUCCCUGGUUCGUUACGCCGGGAAUCAGCAAUGCCUAUACGAGGAGAUUGCUUCCCAUCGAGGUCCCUCCACGUCCAGAAAGCAAUGGACUUAUGGGGAGAUUCAUAAAAUGAAGUUCCUCGACUGCUUCAUCAAAGAAGUUCUCCGCCUCCAUAGUCCUAGUUUCCAGACAGCGCGCAACGCCAAGCAAGACACGGUGCUGCCCGGAGGGUAUUUGGUACCCAAAGCAUCCAUUGUUAUUGCCUGCUUUCCCAGCAUACAGAAAAAUCCAGCCUACUGGGACAAUCCAACGCGGUUUGAUCCGAACCGCUGGAUGCAAGAAGGCUUCGCGGCACAACAAGCCCGUUGCGGUGCAUACACGCCGUUUGCUGCAGGAGGCCGUGGCUGCGUCGGUUCUACUCUUGCGCUCACGCAGGUGAAGAUGGUUCUGAUAGAGCUGGUGUAUCGAUACGAGUUCCACGACGAGUCGCCGGAGCCUGUCGUGUGCGAUCCUGAAUUCUUAGUGGUGCGGCCAUUGAAUUUCUAUGCUGGGCUGACCAUGCGGAGGGACACAGAGUAG